CAAAACAUAUCGGAUCCUACCAUCACCGUUUUCAAUACAGUGUGUUUUUAAAGCGGAGAAUUCCUCUGAUAAUGUACAGGAUAUUAUCUGUGUCAUUAUCACAGAAUCCAUCAUGCGAGUCAUUAUUUUGUCGUCAUCGGUUUAUUAUUUAAAGGAAUAACUCAGGAGUAGUCAGGGCUGCUGGAAAACUGCACACACACACACACACAGUCGCGCGCAGAUGCACACACGCAAGCUUUUGCCAAAUGGCCACAUAAAUAUGUGUCCGCUAAAGGAACAUGACUCGUCUUCGUGUAAUUGAAUGAGCACGCAGUUGAACACACAAGCUCGUUUUUAGGUGUGUGUGUGUGAGAGAGAGAGAGAGAUGUUGCUGGCCUCGGCGGUGGUGGUAUGGGAAUGGCUGAACGAGCACGGCCGCUGGAGGCCCUACAGCCCGGCUGUGUCGCAUCACAUCGAGGCGGUGAUCCGCGGAGAGACCCGCGGCGCAGGCAGCGUAGCGCUCGGCCAGGUCGACUCCAGACUCUCGCCCUACAUCAUAGACCUGCACUCCAUGCACCAGUUCCGCCAAGACACCGGUACAUUGCGACCAGUGCGGCGGAGCUUCUAUGACCCGCGCUCAGCUCCAGGGCAGGGCUGGGUGUGGGAAUGGGAGAAUGACUCCGGCACAUGGACGCCAUACGACACAGAAGUGGGAAUUGCCAUCCAGGCAGCACGUGAGCGGCAGCAACCGUGGCUGGACCUGACGCCACUUGGUUUUUGCUAUCUUAUCGAUCUGCAGGGAAUGACGCAGAUAAACAGGCAGACGCAGCGCCGGCGGCGCAUUCAAAGACGCUGUGAUUUGGCUUACCCACUUGUCUCAGGCCCUCUGCCCAAGCCUCAUGCCUGGACAUCCAAUGGAAGUGCAGCACACUCAGGGAUGAGUGUGUCUGGAAUUGGAGGAGGGAACGGUAGUGCGUACCCAAGCGGAGCCCUUCCUGCUUCAGCAAUCACUUCUCUUGGUCAGCCUUGCUCAUGUCAGCAGUGCAUGUUGGUCUUGGGUGUCAAAACCACAAGCAUGGCGCAGACUCUUGGGCGGAAAUCCAUGCCUCUACCCAGACCGAGAAGCCCAAAAACUGCCCAGCGUUCCCACACAUACUCGCUCACUCUCCCACACAGGAACUCCACAGCAGCUGGAGGUUUUGCACACACACUCUCUGUGCUGGACUCUGCCACAGCCGCCCUGUCACUUUCCUCCACUCGUCCUCCUCCCCCUACUGUACCUCCACCUCCUCCACCUUCCUCUACUCCUCAUGCUACCUCUCCACCAAAUCAAACAUCCUCCAGUGCCCUCAUCUCUACAACUGCCACCUGUGCCCCGACCCCUUCUGCCCGAGUCCUGGGCCCUGUGUCUUCAGCAGCCUGCGCUGCCCCAGUGCCACCCCGCGCCAGCCUGGCAGGCCUCAGCCGUCCCGCGCUUCAAAGGAUCGCCAUGGCACAGUCACGGGCACUUAUUGCCUCUGGAGUCCCAACAGUCCCAGUGAAGAACCUAAAUGGAUCCAGUCCUGUUCACCCAGCCUUGGCUGGCAUAACGGGUAUCUUGAUGAGUGCUGCAGGACUUCCUGUUUGCUUGACUCGCCCUCCCAAAUUGGUUCUCCACCCUCCACCCGUAAGCAAGAGUGACAUAAAGCCUGUGCCAGGGCUCGGCCACUGCUGCCGCAAAACCACCAAGAAGCAAGCCCGCAAAGGCAGAACUCCUGAGGAAGUCGUGCGGAGGUACUUGCAGAAGGUCCGCAACCCUCCAGAGGAGGACUGCACUAUUUGUAUGGAGGCUCUAGCAGGUCCCUCUGGCUACAAAGGCCCUGGCGUGGGUGGCAUUUCCCGGGCAGAGUCGGUCGGCCGUCUGUCUCAGUGUGGGCACCAGUACCACCUGCAGUGCCUAGUGGCCAUGUAUAACAAUGGUAACAAAGACGGCAGCCUGCAGUGUCCCACCUGCAAGACCAUUUACGGAGUAAAGACUGGCAACCAACCACCAGGCAAGAUGGAGUAUCAUGUCAUCCCGCACUCACUGCCCGGGCACCCUGACUGCAAAACCAUCCGGAUUAUCUACAACAUACCCCCAGGCAUUCAGGGUCCUGAGCACCCAAACCCUGGCAAGCCGUUCACAGCACGUGGAUUUCCCAGACACUGCUACCUCCCUGACAGUGAGAAAGGCCGCCUAGUGUUGAAGCUGUUGUUGGUGGCAUGGGACCGCAGGCUGAUCUUCUCCGUGGGAACCUCCAGCACGACUGGAGAGACCGACACGGUCAUUUGGAAUGAAGUCCACCACAAGACGGAGUUUGGCUCCAACCUGACGGGCCACGGCUACCCUGACUCAGGCCACCUGGACAACGUCCUGGAGGAGCUGAGGGCACAAGGUAUAACUGAGGAAGACUGUCUGAGGGACUGAAAGGACGAACGGGACAAGAUGUUGUGCCAAGUUAGCGAUCUAGAGAUCAAAUUUCAGAAGCAACUGGAACUUCAAUGCUGGAAAUAGAAAAUCCAGUGUUAAGGAAGCUGGAGGAGCUAGGAUUCAUUACAAACUCCUUCCAUUCUCUGAUACUAUCUUUGUAAUGAUGAAGAAAGCUUUGAAAUCAGACUGUGACCUAAUUUUGCUUCAGAGCUAGUUUAACAGACUUGGAGCAUAGGGGAAAAUGAGUACAAACUAAUUUACUAUUGCUGGUGUCUGUUUAACAAUUUCUUGUAUUGUAGUUCUGUGAAGGUUACUCCACGCUGAGGUACUUCUGUGCAUGUAAUUAUAACACUUGGUGGAUUAAGUCCUUUUUUUUGUAUGAUGGAGGCCCUCACAUUUUUUGCUAUGAAGCUCCAGUGGCAGUUUCAGAUGGAAUGUGAAUGUUUACUGCCCUCUAGUGGCACUUGAUUAUACAUUCCAUCCAUAAUCAUUGUAUAGUCACUUGGUUUUAUCAUGGGUUUCAUUAUUAUUUUUAUCUACACUACAUUAACUGAUUUUUUAAAAAUUUUUUUACUCAUUUUAAUUUUGUUGUACCUUAUUUUAUGUUAUAGGUAUAUAGUUCAUAACUCAGAAACCAAUGAUUUGGUAUGACUUUAGAUAACUAAGCUAAUAUGUCUUUGUCAUGGGUUGAUGUACUUGUCCUUGGACAUUCAACUCAACCCAUUUGAAGUAUUUAUCAGUAUUAAAGCCAGCUAGCAUGUGGAAAUUAGGGGUAAUGACAAACGCACAAAACAGCCAGUUUUGUCCUAACCCUUUAAUUCACAAAACCACACGCAAAGCACGAGUAAACGAAAAUAAAGUUUUAGGGAUUAGACAUGCAGCAAGAGAUUAAAUGUAUGACAUAUGAACCAGUGCUAAAUGUACCCACUUUUAGGAUAAAUGUGAUCUACGACAUGUCAGACUUGUGUAGAGGUUUGACAUCAAGUCAAGUAACUCAAGAUACCAUAUUGGUCAUUGGGGAUCGGCGUUAACUACCAGGCUGGAGAAAGCUUGCUCGCUUUGGAACAUCUGGUCCUACUUUGUGGGUAGAUCUGUGCUGUGGUCUCCGGUUACUUUUCUAGUCAGUCAUUGGUAGGUCCAUGAUGGACAUGUUUACAAAAAAAGAAGAAAAAAAAAAGAAAAAGAAGUAUUGUUGUCGAGACAUUUGAGCAUGUGUGUACAUGCAAAUAUAAGCUUACAUUUAUAGUUGAAGUAUUACUGUGUGCUGUACGUGUUUUUGUACACAUGUUCUGACUCAAUACCAUGUUUUUGCAUCAAGUGUUGCAGCAACUCAGUAAGGCAAGCACUUCUAAUUCUUUUUUUUUCGUCUGUAUGUUUUUUCAUUAUUAUUAUUAUUAUUAUUUCUAAUUUGUUAUAUGUUUUGAUUUUUAGUAAUGUUUCUUAUAAGCUGUGUAUGGGUUUCAUUUUUUUUUCUUUUUUGUACUGUGACGUUUGACUCAUUGAUUGCACUUGUAUUUUUUUCAUGAUAGUUGUUCUGGUUAUUACAGUAAAAUUUCAGCCGAGAGAAAGCUACAAAGAAACAGUGUGUGGAGCUAGAACUAUUGUUGCUGUAUAAUAUAAAACUGUACAGAAUAAUGUGCAUAUUAAAUAGCUGCUGGAAUCCUGAAUGAAUAUUAAAAAGAAGAUACACAUAGGGUUUGUUCUCUCCAAAUGCUGUUAUUUUUCAUUCAUGUCAAACAACAUAAAUUCAUUUAUUCACAGACAA